UACCCUCCCCGAAUCCACCUGUUGAUUUAUAUCUUAUGAUGGGUUUUCCUAUGCAAUGCUCUUAGGGCUACCAAACGAACAGGUGGAAGUACAUCUCUACGACCUCUGUUAUGGAGAAAAUGGCGCCUCAAAGGAGAGUGUACAUAUCUCUCCCUAAAAACAACAGGACCGCUUUGGCCAAAAAGUGUAAACUGGAUCACGGGCUUGUCAUUAAGGAUCUCAGUACUAACAUAAAUGAAGGAUACCUACAAGCUUACUUCCGACAGUGGGGCAGCAUUACAGCAUGCACGAUCAAGAAGACUCCACAGGACUCUGACUCAAAGAGUGCCAGUGCGUUGGGAUACGUGAGUUUUUCCUCUGAGGAGGAAGCAGAUAUGGCAGACUGGGCGGGUCCUCACUAUAUAGGAGGCAUGGAAGUGGAGGCCAAGAGAGUUGUCAGUCUGAAGAUGGAUGACCCAGAAGGUUGAGGUCAUCCCAGCCAGGUCUAUCCACAGACGUGACCAUGGGUCUGUUCAUCAAUUGAGCAUCUUUGAGAAUGUAUCAGAGGCCGGAUGAUACUGUACCUACUUUAUUUUUAUUUUUUUAAGCAAUUUUGGAUGGGAUACAUGGAUUAUUUGUUGAAAAAUAAAUGUAGAUUAUAAUUUUUUUCUAUGAUUUGGUUUGAUUGUAACAA